CUGAAGCUGCUGGGGAUGACAGUUGCUUCAGGCAACCCUGGGGAGGACGGAGUAGGGGGUAAAAAUCCCAGCAAAGGCCUGAACUGAAUGGAGGGUUAUUCUGGCUCUGAGUGCGACAGAGUGUCAGAGAUUUCCUCCUCUAUAGAGGAUGAAGUCCCCGAAGGGUUGGUGGAGCCCCAAGAAGUGGCGGAGCUGACUAACAGUUUAAAGAAGAUUAUCCAGAAUGAAGAUGUGAAACCCAAGCUACAAUGCAUCAUGUCCGACCCUUCCUUUUCUGUGGUAACAGUUCAAAGUGAAGAUAGUGGAAUACCAUGGGAAACCAGCUCAAGUAGAUGUUCCACUCCUUGGGCCUCAGAAGCAAGUGCUACUUCUGAUCUUUGUAGUGUUGAAAGUUCAUCUAUAGAUUCUCCCCCAGUGAAAGUUAUCUUUCUCAUGGAUGAAGGUAAGACUGUCCGGAAAAGGAUGUGUAAAUCAUCAGAUAGGACAUCAGACUUGAAGGGAGGCCAGGGCAGCAAAAAGAGUGACUUGUCCAGAACGCAGAUGCAAGAAUUAAGAGAUGCUCCCACAAAAGUGCAGGAUGCUAAGUUAAAUGCUGCUCAACUGGAAACACAAGCUAUGGAUGCAGAAACUUCAAAAGAUGAAGAUUUGCUAGACAUUACAGGGGAACCAGUGUCACAUGCUUCAAUUGCCUCAAAGUCCAUGGGUAAAGAAAAUAAACUGAAAAAAGGAAGGCCAGCCCUUAAUGGAGCUGUAAGAGCUAAAAUCCAGAAGUUCAAUUCAAUUUCAGAAGAAGAAACGCCAAAAUUUUUCCAAAAGAAGGGUAGUAAAGAUCCAGCUGUGCCAUCAGAUAUAAAAAGGAAGCAGAAGCAACAGCACAAAGGAUUCUUAAAUCAAAGCCUUUCCUCACCUUCUUUGGCGCAUCUUGAAAAGAAUUGCAAUGAUAGGGAUGAUGGUUCACUUCAUAAUAUAAAACAUGUCAAAAUGAAUAUUGAAUCUAGCAGUUUUUCAAAUGCGGGUGUAACAGUUCCUCCUGAUAAAGAAGAGAGAAAAGAGACACAGUCUUCUCCAGCUGAGACUGUACAUGAGACAUCAGAGCAGUCACUGUCUUUUUCAUCAUACCUUACUGAGGAAGAAGGGAAGCAGGAAAUCCACACAAGUUCACCCAUGCCCGUAACAUCAAUAUCAGAAUGGCCAAUAUCUGAGCCAUCAGAUCUUAUGGAUAUAGCAGAGAGAGAAGAAAUACAGCCCUUUCCUUCUGAGACUACAAAUGUAAUCUCAGAACAGCCAUUGUCCAUUACACCAUCUCUUAUUGAUGAAGGAGAGAACCAGGAAAUUCAGCCUAAUUCAUUUUUGGCCACAAAGACCAUUUCAACAGAUUGUAUUAAUGAACCAGAGGGGCAAGCAACUCAGCCUUAUUUGCCUAUAUCUACAGAAUCUGUCUCUGAACGUUCUAGUUCAUCACAUACUGGUGAGGAAACAGAGAAGCAAGAAAUUCAGUUUUAUUCACCUGUGACUACACAGUUGGAGCCUGAACAUUCAGUUUUAUCUGAAAUAAAAAAGCGUGAUAUUAAACCUUAUCCACCUAUAACUGCACAAUCCAAAUGUGAACAUCCAGAUAUAUCAUAUUCCAUCGAGGAAGCGGAAAAGCAAGAAAUUCAUCCUUAUUCGCCUGUAAUUGCACAACUGGAAUCUGAACAACCAGAUAUAUCAUAUUCUACUUGUGAAACAGAGAAACAAGAAACAGAGCAAUUGGAGUCUGAACAUUCAGACCAGGAAGAUAUCCAGCCAAAUACUCCCAUAAUUGCUCAGUCAGAGUCUGAACAUUCAGAUCUAUUCUAUUCCAUUGAAGAAGCAGAAGAGCAAGAGUCUUAUUCACCUGCAGCUGAACAACUGGAGUUUGAAACUGUAGAUUUAUCAUAUCCUGUUGAUGAAACAGAAACACAAGAAAGUCAAUAUUAUUCACAAGUAACUGCAGAACCUGAGUCUGAGCUUUCAGAUUUGUCAUAUUCCAUUGAUGAAGCAGAGAAACAAGCUGCACAAUUGGAGUGUGAACAUCGAAUGUUAUCACAUUCCAUUGAAGAAGCAGAGAAUGAAGAAAUUCAGCCAUAUUUACUUGUACCUGCAGGUACAAUCCGAGAAAGUCAAUGUUAUUCACAUGUACCUACAGGACUGGAGCCUGAACGUUCACUUUUAUAUUAUUCAGUUGAUGAAGUAAUUCCCCAAGAAAUUCAAUCUUCUUCACCUGCAACUGCACAAUCUGUGCCUAAACACUUAGUUUUGUCACAGUCUAUUGAUGAUGAAGAAAAGCAAGACAUUCAGCCAUAUAGACCCAAGCCUGCAAAAUCAAAGUCUCACUCUUUAGUUUCAUCAUAUGACACUGAUGAAGCAGAGAUGCAAGAAAUUCAGCUACAUUCACCUAAAACAGAAAACAUGAUGUCUGAACAGUUAAUCACUAUGCCACUAAUGCAUACUGAUGACAGAGAUGGGCAAGAACUUCAGGCUUAUUCACUGGGCACAGAAUACUUGCUGUCAGCACAGUUAACAGCUCCUUCUCCCAUCUUUAUUGCUGAAAGUGAUAAGCAAGAAAUACAACCUGAUGCACAUGAAGUGCCAGACUUGGUUUCAGAAGUGUUGAACUUUUCAGCUGGUUCUAUUAAUGAGGAAGAGAAGCAUGAUAUUGAUUCUGCUUUGCCUGACACAGAAUAUAUGUCAUCUGAACAAUCAAUGGCUGUUUCAUCAGACUUUAUUGAUGAAACCAUGAUGCAAGAAAAUCAGUCUUAUUCAGCUGAAGUAGACAGUUUCCCAUCAGCACAGUUAAAAACCACCUUAGUUAGGCCUUUUAAUGAAACAGAGAAUCUAGAAAUUCAAGCCUAUGCUUUUGAGGAAACUGCUUUGUUGUCAGAAGAGUCAAAAACUGGCUCAGCUGUUCCUAUAAAUAAUAACGAAGCAGACAAGCAAGAAAUUCAGUCUUUUCCAAAUGAAGUUGAAUACUUUGAAUCAAAACAAUUUCCAGGUAGACUUCAGACAGCACGUACAGCCCAAAGUACUAAUGAGAAUAAAUCAGAUAUGACAAUGGUAUCUGAUUUUGUUUCAAAUGAAGCUUCCCAUAAUCUCCUAUCAGAGCCCAUUAAUGAAACCCACACACAAAGUUUAUACUCCUCACUACCAGGUAAUCCAGCCUCAGAUAAAAAUGUAAAUAAUGUAACACUAACUAGCAUUGGAGACCUUUCAACAGCAGAAGAAAUACAGCAUUUUUCAAAUGUAGAAGCAAAAGGGCGUGAACAUUAUCUACCGAGAGAAGAGAAAUUAACAGAACGUGUGAACUCUGCAGAAGAAUCCAAAUAUACUCCAGAACCUGAUGAACAAAAAGAUAUGUUUAAUAUCAUUUCAGAAGGCUAUGAGAUAUUGAACAUUCAUGCUGUCCCACUCAUUUCUUCAGUGGAUGAAGAAGAAAGCAAACACAUGCCAGAUAAACUAGAAUACUUAGAAACAAAUACCCUCUUUAAAACAAAACUGUUUGAUUAUGGUGACCAUGAAGCGUCAGCAUACGGAACAGCUACAGAAAUUUCAGAAAACUCAGUGACAGAUGACACCGAAGUUAAAGAUAUGGAACAAAAAGAACUUGUUGAAGUAGAUGCUCAGGAAAUUGUAGAAACAGAGGAGGAAAUUUCCACUCUGUCAGAAAAUAAAAGUGGUGAAGUUUUGAAUCCUAAUGAGAGUACCAUUGAGAUGGAUUAUUUUGAAAAGUAUACUUUGAUUGAUGACAAAUCCCCCACGGAACUAUCUGUUCAGGGGCUAUCUCCCUGUGAUGCUGUAAUGACAAACCCUAAGAAGCAUACAGAAGAAACCAUCUCUUCAACUGGAAAUUCUGAUGUUAAUACUUCAGAAGAUGAAUUUAUUUUACUAGAUAAUGACUUAGAUGAAACCUUUUAUGGAAUGAUAGAACAAGAAAGCAAGAUGCAGUCUCAUGCAGGUGCUCAGAAAUUUUUGACUAUGCAAAAAUCAAUUGACUGUAGUAAAAAAGUAAUAAAUACAGAAGAUGAACAGAAGUUACCAGGCACACCCUUAUUUGAUACAGAAGAAGGAGUGUUAGAACGGUCUAUGUUGUUUCCCACAUCAGUCAGCGCAAUUAACCCAGAACUUCUAGAGGAGCCACCUGCACUGGCAUUUUUAUACAAGGACCUCUAUGCAGAAGCAGUGGGAGAAAAUGCAAAAGGUGAAAAUGAGCCUCCUUCUGAUGAAGAGAGUGGGAAUUCUGAUGCAUCUUUUCCUAGAAAUUCUGACACAGACGAUGAAACUGGAAUAUAUUUUGAAAAAUACAUUCUUAAAGAUGAUAUUCCUUGCAACGCAGCUGGGUCUCAAAAAGAUCAAGUUUCAAAAGCUCAGUCUAUUAAUAAAGACCUGUCAGGCCAACUGAGGGUUUCAGGAGACAAACAUAAGGAUUUUUAUGAGGUAAUUGAAAAGGAGCAGCAAUCUGUUCAUACUUUAUCUGAAGAAUCCACCAAAACCCAGGUCUUGUCAGAAGGGGAAAUUGUGACGGGAGAGAGAAUCCCGUUUAUUACUUAUAUUAAAGUAACUAUUUGUCAGCCAACUCAGGCAGUUCCUUUUGGAAGCAAGCUUACUGUUUCAGAUGCAAGAAAUGAUCUCACUAGUCAACAAGAGGAAGAAAAUGCACCUGCAGCAACACACGAGGAAUUGUCAGAGCAAAUGAGUCAUGAAGAGUCCAGUCAAAUAUUAGAUUCUGAGGUAAUUGCUAAUCAAAAAGAAGCCUCUGUGCAAGAUAAAUCAAAGACAGUAACUCCUCGAACAGAUGAGCGGAAAGAAGAACAUGAAAUAGCAACAGUUAAUAAAAUGGAUAAUUACAUUCCUCAUGGAAGAACACCUGUUGAUGAAAGUGAAAGCAAUCAAUAUGUUUGUACUCAGAAACCAGAGCAAUUAAUUUCAUAUUUGAAUAAUCACCUUCAACCCAUGACAAAAGAGACAUAUGAUUUAGACCAUGAUCAUUUUGAAAGUGUGAACAAUGGGGAAAAAUAUCUAUUUGAUACAGAUGAGCAGACAAAUGAAAACAGAGUCAGAGAAAACACUGCCAAGAAUAUAGCAAAGCAUAACCUAGAAGUAAAGACUGGCCUUCCAGAACCUGGAGUAAAGUUUGAUAAGGCAUCAGGUGAUUUAAACAUACAGCCUUUUAGACGUGAUUUCGAUAACCUUCCAUCAGAUUCAACGAGAGAGGAGCAGUGCUUGGAGACUGAUGAACAUCUUGCUGAGUCAAUGGAUUAUGAAGUGAUUACCCAAGAAGAACUUUUGCAAGAUGAAAUAUCCUCUGAAUUGGCACAUGAACAUUUAUUGUUUGAAGACAGGGAAUCGUUUGAGCAGAUUAGCUAUAGUUAUGAAUCUGUAAAUGAGACAGAGCAAGAGACACCCAUUGAACAUGAGGAUUCAGACUUUGUGGUGAUGAAUUCUGAAAAAUCAUCACUCGACAUAUCUGAAAGUGAGAGUCAACAAAAAGAAAUUAAGAAGGUCCAUGUUGAUACUUAUUGCUGCCAGUGCAGGUGCCCAAUUUCUGCUAUUGACAAGCUUUUUGGGGAGCAUGAAGGCCAUGAUGUGACAACACUGGACACUGCUGUAAUGGAUAUGAAGGAUCAAUUAGAUGAAUUUCUAGGAGAGUUACAGCAAACGUCAGUGAAGUUUGAGGAGUUGGUUAGUGAAAUAGAAUCCCUGUUUAAAUCUGUUGAGGAAAACAGUAAAAAAAAUGAGCAGUUUUUAGAAGACCAAAAUGAAGAGAUGAUUAAGACAGUGAUAGCCCAGUAUGAUGAGAUGUCGCAGAACUUUGAGGAAGUGAAGAAGAUGAAAAUGGAAUACUUGUAUGACCAGAUGGUUAACUUUCAGCAAAGUAUUGUUGAGGUGAAGGAAACCUUAGAGACAACUGUAACGGAAACUGAAGAACUUGAUGAUGUUGUUUUCCUAAAUUUAUCUAAGGAAAUGAAUAAAAGGUUACUUUCUGCAAUGGAUAAAUCUCUCUCACUAGAAAAAAUGCCCAGUGCAUUUUCACUUUUUGACCAUUAUGCAGACGGUUCAGUGAGAAGUGACCAGAAUACCUUAAAAUGUGUCGCUGUUCCACAGACUCCAGAAUUGCUACCUCAGGAACCAAACUCUGCUACAAGCACAUCAAUUGCAAUCUAUUGGACUGUGAGUGAAGGAGACAUAGUUGAUUGCUUCCAGGUAUAUUGCAUGGAGGAGCCUCAACCGAACAAAGUUCAAAGUGCCUUGGUGGAAGAAUACAGAGUUACAGUGAAGGAGAGUUACUGCAUUCUGGAAGACCUGGAGCCAGAUCGCUGUUAUGGUGUGUGGGUCAUGGCUGUGAACUAUACAGGAUGUAGCUUACCGAGUCGCAAAUCCACUUUCAGAACUGCACCCUCUACCCCCUUACUAAAGGCAGAAGACUGUACUGUGUGUUGGGACACUGCCAUCAUCCGAUGGAGCACAGCCAACUCAGAAGCCACAAAGUCUUUCACGCUGGAGUACUGCAGACAGUUCUCUCCUGAAGGAGAGGGUCUCAGAUCUUUUGCUGGAAUAAAAAAGCCUGAACUGCAAGUUAAUUUGCAGCCCAAUGUGAAUUAUUUCUUCUAUGUGAGAGCUGCCAACUCAUCUGGGACAAGUGAACAGAGUGAAGCUGCCCUUAUCUCAACGAAAGGAACUAGAUUUCAUGUGAUGAGUGACACAGCUCAUCCUGCUUUGCAAGUGUCAUCUGAUGGAACUGUGAUAUGCCUUCCUGAGAGAACUAAAUUCACUGGAAUUCCAUCUGUCCUGGGUGAGCUGCUGCCAGCUCGUGGUCUUCAUUACUGGGAAACCACCGUCACUGGCUGCAAAGGCUACCGGAUUGGAAUCUGCUAUAACUCUACACCAGAAGGCAGCAACCUGGGGCAGGAUGAUACUUCUUGGUGCAUAUGUUAUUGUUCUACACAAACAAGUUUCAUUUAUAAAUUCUUCCACCAUGGUGUAAUGAAUGAUGUUUACAUGACGGAACAGCCAGCCAGGGUUGGCAUUUUGCUGGAUUAUAAUGCUGGGAGACUUUCAUUCUUCAAUGCAGAGAGAGGACUAGCUCUGUUCACCAUCAGGCACAGAUUUACUAAUGCUGCUCACCCUGCCUUUGCUCUGGAGAAAGCUGGUGUACUUAACCUGCACACAGGAAUGGAGCUGCCAGAGUUUGUAAAACACAGCUAAUCUCUUGCUUUCAAACUAUCUGGAAGACAAACCGUUAUAAUUUUUCGGGGGGUGGGGAGAAGGUAUCUAUUUUUCUCUUAGCAAAUGUUACCCACACCAUUCUCCCACACAUCAACACUAAUUGUAAUUAUACACAUAGCACUCUGUGCAUGGAGAGGAUAAUAGACUCUCUCCCACUUAGUAUGUAUCUUGUGGUAUAUAAUGAGUUAUUCUCUACAGGGAAAAAGUGUAUAUUAGAACCGAGCAUUGGGACGGGGAAAGAUAAAUUCAUGAACAGGAACUGCAGUCUUUACUACGAUAGAAAACAAUUACAAUAUUAGCUGAAUUUUUUUAUGUUUGAUGAUGAUCUUGUAUAUGAGAUAAGUGCUUCUCUCUUUGAGCUUUAGAAAUCUGCAUUUCUACAAAAAUAAAUGGGCAGAGAAAAUAAGAUCAAAGGGGCAACAUUUUCAAGCCAGCCUCAAACUAGCCUCCAACAUUGCUCACACACGUUUUGAAUCCAUAGACUCAACAUUUCCCAUCCGCAUUGUUCAGACAGUUGCAGUUAUUUGAUUUGUGUGCACAAAUGCCUCUUGUAAUAUGAAUAGAUGUUCAGCAAAAAUAUGCAUGUGCAAUUUUGGAGUCCAAAGUGUUGCUUGCAUUUCUGGUCCUAAAAUUACUGCCUGGAUGGCUUAAAGGACAGAUAGGGUCCUAUAGCCUGCGACUUUGGAGUAAAAUUGUCAUCAGCCUUCCUGUGAAUUGUCCCUUUUUCAUCUGUGACAUAAUUGCUGUUGCCUUUGAUCUUACCUUACCCAGUUUCACACUUAUAGAACUCCCUGUAGAUGAUCUCCUUGCCUCUGCUCUACUCUGUCUUUUUGUCCCAUUUGAGCUUUGUCUCCACUAGCAUUGGGCCCUAGUUAGCAAGCUGCAAUGCUUGGGGGCUAUUGUGAUGAGUUUGCUAGAAAUUGCUAGAUAAGAAGACAAAGAUGGCAUCGGAAUGUGAUUAAACAUUUGCCAGCAGAGCUAUAUUCUGGUGUGAACCCUGGCCAGUGUUAGUUAGAACUGUAUUUCAAAUCACUUUACAAAUCAGUGCUAUGGGCCCUUCCUCUCCUGGCCAGAUUCACUGGUGGUGGUGCCAAUGAAGCCCUGUGAACCCCUGGUGUGUAUUGACCUUAAGGGAUGGCAGGCAAUGUGAUGCAUGCUGCCCAUCCUUGUGGUUCCUCACUGGGCUCACUUCUCAUCUCAUUUAAUCCCCGGUACCCUCUGAAGUAAGUGGGGUUUCACAUGUCUGAGAGGAGUUGCUGUUGAAAAUAAUUUUUUAAUUAAUUACACUUUAGGUUUCUGCUUGUCAAGAUCACGGUUGGUGUCCAAUCUGCAGUCUAUUUUAUUUGUUUUAUUUUAGCAGCAUCUAAAAGUGUACUAAAGGCAUCACAAAGCAAUAGUAAGACAUGCUCCAUGUCCCAUAGGAUUUACGCUCUGAUUUUGGUGCAGUGACAGUUGUAACAAAUACCCAGGGAUAGACAAGGUGAGAAUGACAAGAUCACACAGUCAUUUAGUUUAAGCCUGUGCACAUCUUGAUGAGUCAAUUAAAAGUGCUUUUUUGCUUUUAAAUAUUAUUCCUGGCUCACUGGGAGCAUCCUGGAAGGAGUGCAUCCGAAGGAAUCUUUUGAAUCGACAGAAGGAUUCAGCUGGCUUGUUGGCUUGGGAGAGGGGAGAGUGUUCCAUGUGUGUGCAGGGGAUGGUGUGGAAAAGUAACAAAAAGGGGGCAUUGAAGGUGAUGAUAUUAUCAGAGCUGAAGGGGCCGAGGGAGGUGAAAAGCAGAAAAAUAGAAUAGAAGGAGAGAGGCUACGAGGCUAGGUCAGAGGUGUAGGCUGUGUGCAUUCCUAGAGUGCCCAGAAAACCAAUGAUUUCACUGGAGAUUUGAGUGCAGAAACAAUACAGGAUUGAGCUUUUAAUAGCUAAAUUCAGAAAAUAUUUAUGAAAAUGAAACUAAACCUGCAAAUCCCAGUUUUCCAGUUAUUGUAUCCGUAA